AUGCUGGGGGAGUCAGUUUUGUCAAAGUUUGUGGACCAAACGGCGGAUAAUGCACACAACAAUGUGAAGAGUGUGAAGGACUUUGAGCUCAAUCUAAAUGCUCUGCAGAGAAAAUUGAAGUCAUUGGGUGCUAAGGCGUCUGAUGUUGAGGAGGAAAUCAAGAACUCAGAGCUUUCUGGUCGAAAGAAAAGGAAACGUGAGGUUGAUGAGUGGUUGGAACAAGUCAGGUCCAUUGAAAAGAAAGUUGUUGAGUUGCGAGCUCGAGUGGAAUCCGAAGGAUUUGCUACGAGAUUGAUGGAUGGAGACUUACCAGUUACACUAAUUGAUGAGGUUGAUACGCUUGUCGAGCAAAGUCGGAAUUUUGGUAAACUUGUCCUUGAUGUUUGUGGAAGUAGGCCGCGAGAUAAGUUGGUGACAAAUGUGAUGGUUGGUGAAGCUUUUAAUGAAAAUUUGGAAACAGUUUCGAAACUUUUGGAGAGUGGGGAAGUGUCGAGGAUUGGUGUUUAUGGUAUGGGUGGUGUGGGCAAGACGACACUUGCGAAGCACAUCCACAAUCGACUCCUCCAAGACUCUCAGGGACGUGUGAUUUGGGUAACAGUCUCUCAAGAAUUUAGUGUUACGACUUUACAAGAUAAGAUAGCUUGUUUAAUAGGUGUGGACCUUGAGGGCGUGGAUAAUGAAGACAUAAGGGCGGCGAGACUCAAUACAACUUUAUCUCGGAUGAAGAAUUCAGUGCUGAUAUUGGAUGAUGUGUGGGAAAAUAUUGAUCUAUCAAAGGUUGGAUGUCCGAUUUCUGUCGAGUGUUGUAGGCUGAUUAUAACUACUCGCUCCUUAGAAGUGUGUCGUCAAGUUUGCCAAGAAGUGAUUCAAGUGGAAAUUCUUCAUCAUCAUGAGGCAUGGGAAUUGUUCAAUGAAACACUACGAAAUAAGAUAGGACUUGGUUCUUCGGCAGAAGAGAUUGCGAGAUCUGUUGCAGAAUUGUGCGGUGGUCUGCCCCUAGCAAUUGUUACAAUGGCUGGAAGCAUGAGGGGCAACAGAGCCAUUCAUACAUGGAGAAAAGCUUAUGUAGAACUAAGAGAGCGUGUCUCAGGGAAUGAUGGCAGGGGAUACGAUAAUGUUUAUAAAGUAUUGAGAUAUAGUUUUGAUCGGUUGAAAAGGAACCGUCAUAGCCAGGGUAAUGAGUUCAAUACAUUACAACAUUGUUUCCUGCAUUGCGCGUUAUAUCCUGAAGAUAUUGAAAUAAACAGAGAGCGUUUGGUUACAGAGUUCAUUUCAGGAGGGUUGGUGGAUGAAAGAAAGACAAGGAGAGCGCAAGUUGAGCAAGGACAUUCCAUAUUGGAUAAAUUAGUGAAUGUGAACUUAUUGGAAAGUUGUGUUGUUCCCAAUGACUUUGGUCGUCCUACAGAAUGUGUGAAGAUGCAUGAUCUUGUAAGAGGAAUGGCAUUGAAGAUACGUGAGGGGAAAUAUAUGGUAAGAGCAGGUGAUUUGUCUUUGAAGGAAAUUCCCAAAGAAUCAGAAUGGGCAAAGGAUCUGGAGAAGGUGUCCUUUAUGAAAAGUGGCAUAACGAGAAUUAAAGAAGGAAUGUCUCCUAAUUGUCCUAAGCUCUCAACAUUGCUUUUAUGCGGUAAUCAUCGGCUGGAGUUUAUCGCAAAUUCAUUCCUUUCUCGAAUGCCAGUACUACGCACUCUUGAUUUGUGCGGCACUUGCAUAACAGUGCUGCCAAACUCAAUCUGUGCCAUGAAGAACCUCGAGGUAUUGCUCCUUGAGUCGUGUCAUAAGCUAGAAAAUGUGCCAAACUUGGGAGAGAUGAAAGAACUCAGGGAGUUAAACCUCUCUAAAACAGCCAUCAAGGAAAUCCCUCAAGGCGUUGGGGAAUUAUUCAAUCCCAAAUUCCUAGCAAUGAAAGCGCGUAAGUUGAAGAUGCUUCCAAGAGGAUUGUUUCUUAAACUUGGGAAACUUCAGCAUUUGGAAUUACCAUCCCGUACACCACUAGCAUUUGAAGAAAUUAAGAAUCUGAAAGGGUUAGAGGAGUUUAUUGGAAGAAUGACAGAUGUGAAUGGUUUUAAUUCUUUAUAA